AGCCGUAGCAACAGUGAUCAGGAAACAAGCGAGUUAGUUUUCUAGCUGACGUGAAACGCGCUUCCGUGUGCACACUGCUGGCGCUACAGGCUACUGGACGUGCUGGAUAACUCGCUAAUUACAUGGUCUCAAACUCCUGUAGUCAUUAGGCACACACAGCAGUCUUCUCGACUCCAAACCCCAUUCCCUGAGCUUACAAAGGAGUUUUGCCAUGGUGGAUGUGAGCAAGUGGCCUCUCUUCACCCUCUUGAGUGCACAGGAGCUCGCCUCCAUACGACAGGCAUGCAUCUUUGGAGCAUCUGCGAAUGAGGCCAUCUACAUCACCCAUGAUGACGAAGUGUACGUGUUGGGUUUGAACUGCAGUAAUUGUCUUGGGACCGGAGACAGUCAGAGCACAAUUGUUCCUAAAAAGCUGGACUGUCUGACUGGGAAGAAGCUGGUUAGUUUGAGCUAUGGCAGUGGUCCUCAUGUCCUGUUGGCUACAGAAGGGGGGGAGUUGUAUGCAUGGGGGCAUAAUGGAUACAGUCAGUUGGGCAAUGGGACGACCAAUCAAGGUGUGUCUCCCAUUUUGGUGUCUACCAACCUGCAGAACAAGAGGGUGACUGAAGUGGCCUGUGGUUCUCACCACUCUUUGGCUUUGACCCAUGAGGGUGAGGUGUUUGCGUGGGGCUACAACAACUGUGGUCAAGUAGGUUCAGGGUCCACCGCCAACCAGCCAACACCCCGCAAGGUGUCCAGCUGUCUCCAAAACAAAGUGAUGGUCAGCAUAGCCUGUGGACAGACUUCAUCCAUAGCUGUGGCGGAUAAUGGCGAGGUUUAUGGCUGGGGUUACAAUGGCAACGGCCAGCUAGGUUUAGGCAACAAUGGGAACCAGCUAACCCCAUGUCGUCUGAUUGCACUACAAGGCCUCUGUGUGCAGCAGAUUGCCUCAGGUUACGCUCAUUCUCUAGCACUGACCGAUGAGGGCCUGUUGUAUGCAUGGGGGGCCAAUACUUACGGCCAACUGGGCACCGGCAACAAGAGCAACCAGCUCAGCCCUGUACAGGUCAUGACUGAGAAAGAAAGGAUUGUGGAGAUCGCCGCCUGUCACUCCACACACACCUCUGCAGCAAAGACCCAGAGCGGUCAGGUGUACAUGUGGGGGCAGUGCCGCGGACAGCCCAUCGUGCUGCCACACCUCACGCACUUCACCAGCACAGAUGACGUCUUCGCCUGCUUCGCCACGCCAUCUGUGAUGUGGCGGCUGCUUUCCAUGGAGCAUGAUGACUUCCUGACUGUGGCCCAGUCCCUUAAAAAAGAGUUUGACAAUCCUGAGACCUCUGACCUCAAAUUCAGCAUCGACGGGAAGUACAUUCAUGUCCAUAAAGCUGUUCUCAAAAUCAGGUGUGAACACUUCAGAUCAAUGUUUCAGUCACACUGGAAUGAGGACAUGAAGGAAGUGAUUGAGAUCGACCAGUUCUCGUACCCAGUGUACCGCUCUUUCUUGGAGUUCCUCUACACUGACAGUGUAGAUCUUCCUCCUGAGGAUGCUAUCGGGUUACUGGAUUUGGCAACCUCGUACUGUGAAAACAGACUGAAGAAGUUGUGCCAGCAUAUCAUAAAGAGAGGAAUCACGGUGGACAACGCUUUCUCUCUGCUGUCUGCUGCCAUCAGAUAUGAUGCCGAGGAUCUAGAGGAGUUCUGUUUUAAAUUCUGUGUGAACCACUUGACUGAGGUCACGCAGACAGCUGCGUUCUGGCAGAUCGACGGCAACAUGCUGAAGGAGUUCAUCUGCAGAGCCAGCCACUGUGGAGCCUUCAAAAACUGACUCUGACGGCCACCAGAUACACACACACACGCUCAAUGUAUUAGUCGAUGACCCCAUCUGUUACAGCAGUCAGUCCUCCUCACAGCUAGUGGGCGCUGAGACACCAGACAGUCAUUAUUACACAGCGCCCCCUGUUGAGCAGCAGAGGAACUCUUUCCUAAUGGAUAAGAUUCAUGAAGAAAGGUCAAUGUCUGUGCUAUUGUCACAUACAAACCAUUUUGUACUCAUCUGUUACCCAAGAUAGUCAGCCAGACGGGACAUUCUCAUUGAAGUCUUACACAACUUUUUAAAGUGAGUUUGGACCAAACAGAAGCAUAAUUCAACUGUAUUACUAACAAGCACCACUGAAAAACAGACAAAGAGAGUUGCUAGUUCAUUCUUUGUUUGUCCCUUAUAUAUUUUUUUGCACGGGUAAUAUCAAAUAGAGGUCACUAAUUAGAUAUGUUUUUUUUUUUU